AUUGACAGGUGAUCUAUAACACGUUGUUUUGAGGUUAUUUCUUCAUAAUUUUAAUAUUUCAAAAAGUUUUUCGACAUAAAAAUGGGUAAAGUAAGAAAGCGAAAACCAAACAAAACACAAAAUAAUAUCCUCGCAGAAAAUUUUGAUGAGGAACUUCCUGUGGAUUCUAAGGAAAAUGUUAUUCAAACUAUUUUGGAUCAACUUCAAGUAAGCUAUUUAAUAUUUUACUUAAGUAUUUAAAAGUAUUUGGUAUAAACAAAUCAUUAAUAAUUUAUUGACAGGGAGUAAACGUGGAAGAAAAAUAUUGUGGCUUGCAAACAUUUGCCCUGCUUAUAGAAAGUCCAGAGAACAUUGAGCAGACAAUAGAGCGAGGUCUAGUUAAAGUUGUGGCGCCGCUAUUAUUGGAUCCUGCAGGGUCAAUUAGGAAUGCUGCUGCUGGAGUUUUAAGAAACCUUUCUGCAGUUCAACUGGAAGUUUGUGACUCCUUGAUGGAACAAGAUGUAAUGACACCAUUACUCUGUUAUUUCCAUGAGGUGAUUAAGCAUAUUUUUAAGAACUUUUCUAACUUAACAUAAUAAGAAGAUUUAUAAAAUUUUCAUUCCAUAACAUCAUAAAUCAAGUGAUCAUGAGCAGUUAGGAUUUUGAAAUUAAAGAAAAAAUUAUUAUGGCAAUAUACAUGAACCUAGUACAAUAGUUAUAUUAUGAUGUUGUGCUUACUUACUUGAUUUUUUCAUUUUGCUAAAGUGAGUGUGUUAUUCUAGCUAAUAUUUGACGUGGUAGCCAUGCAGCAGCUAUAAUUAUGGUUGUAGCAGGAAUGGGUUGGCUUGACCAGGGUAGGAUGCUUGUACACUGUGACAAUACCAACAUAAAAUAGGUGGUUAAUGCUGCUGUGUUUCUUAUCGUAAGUGUAGAAAAGGAAGACCCUUUCUACUGAUAAUGAAGCAUUCUAUCUUAGUCCUCAGGGGUGACAAUGCGUCUGCAUUUUGAUUCUUUAAUUGAGAAUAGAUGUAAAUGCCUAUAGGUCACUAUAAAAAACAAAUUACAAACAAUAGGUCAUUAUAGAUUGAUAAUAUCAAAUGAUAGUUGUACACAGGUUGAUUGGAAAAUUGACACACACAUCCAAAUUCAUAAGUUAAUUUUCUGCUGUAAGACUGCAUAAUGUGCCUAAAUAUUUUCAUAUUACAUUAAAAAAAUGGACAAUUAAUCCAAAGUAAAAUAUUAUAUGAUAUCAUCCAUAUCUAGUAACCUUACUGAAACAGAAGCAUUCAUGAUUUGAACCACUAGGAAUAUACCAUGGAAUUGUUGAUAUAAAACCCUUAAAGUUAUGACAUUUCUAAUUGGAAACUAUCUAGAAGUAUCAAUUGUAUUAUUUGAUGGUAAUUCAUAGAAUCGGAUGUUACUUCAUAGAAAUAUUUGAAAUAAAUAUUUCCUGCCAAUAAUGUGAACUGUUGGUUUAUACAUUUUUACAGCAUACAGAGACCUGGACCCCAGAAAUAAAUUCAAAAACAAAAUCAGAGGAUGUUGAUACCAUUAUUCAAUGCAUUAAUCUACUAUUGAAUCUGUGUGAAAGUUCAGAUUUGGCUGUUAAAUAUCUGGGACAAUCAAGAGUUUUAAGUAUAUUACUCCCGAGGUAUCUAGACAUUGCUACAUUUGGCUGUGAUAUAGUAUCUGCUGUAUUGCAAUGUUUAUUUGUUGUUGUUGAAGACAAUCCUGAUGUUAUGGAAAAAGUUAAAUCAACUUGUGAGAAACAAUUACAAGAACUUAUGGUGAUUGAAAACAGUGAUCCUUCAUAUUUGCUUAUCAAAACAUUAGCUGCAGGAGUAAUAAUAAACACAUGUGGAGGCAACAUGGCAGUGUUACCUGUCAAUGUCAUUCAUCAAAUUGUUACAAUACUAGCAAAGACACUAUCUAUAGAUCAUAGGUUACUUUGCAAUCAGCUCUCCAGUAGUGUACCUUUGGUUAAUGGGAGUGACAAACUUGAAUCACUUCAAGGAAAGGAAGCUCAAGUAUUGGAAAAUCAGUUGAAGUCUGUGUCUCACAUGUUAGAUGCACAACAGAGAUCAAUAGAAAUUAUUGCAAACAUUUGCUCAUGUGAUGGUAAGAAAUAUUUAUUAUAAUACUUAGAAAAAAGCUGAAUUUUUCUCAAAACUUUUGUUUAAGUACAAAAUAUUGAUAUACCUCAGAAUUUUGAUACAAGUGUACAACUACCUAAAACCACAGAAUAAAUAAUAGUACAAGAACAGAAGGAUCACUCUGAUAGCAAACUUGCGACUUAGUUAUAACGUCGUUAAUGUUCAUGAUACUUUGCACGCCUCGGAAGUGACCUUCGUGAAAUUAGCCUACCGUUUAUGCAGUCGAAAAAAAAUUACGCGGCGCGUGUAUUAAAUCAAAAUGCACCUUAAUCCUCUUGCAAGUAGCCCAUUACGCGCUUUCGUUAAGACCACUUCUACAGUAGGGUUAGGUGUUGUGAGAAAACAAAUUGAUAUUCGUUGGUAUAUAGUAGAAUACACCGAGGUGUUAGGCAAUGUAUUAGUAUUUUGUUUUGUUAAAAAAAACGUUACCCCCACACUAGGAUUUUCUCCUGUAUUGUUGAGGCAGUUAAGAAACAAAUUGUACAAGGACAAAUAUACACUAAACCCGGAACAAUUAUUUGUAGGCCAUACAAAUACUUGUUCCAUGUGAGAUUCGAACCCGCGGUGCCAGCGUUGCAACUCAUUGCUAAGCCAGUGCACCGUGAUAGCCAUCAAUUUGCUGAUAAUAAACACUUUAUUGUUCAUUGUGAGGAAGGUUAAUAUGCUACAUCGAGGAAAAUUAAGAUUAUAACAAUGUGAACGUCUUUGAAACUUAGAUAAUUUACCUACUUACCAUUUUUAACCGACUUCAAAAAAAGUUACUCAAUGUGACUGUAUUUUUUACGUGCUACCUCAGAACUUUUUUUCUAGGUGAAUCGAUUUUGAUGAUUCUAUUUUUAUUUGAAAGCUGGUGCUUAUAAUUUAUACAUCCCAUAUAAAUUUGAUCAAGAUCUGACCAGAUCUGAUAAAGUGUGACAUUCUUGUACUGACCAAUGCCAUAUAGAGCAAUGUUCACUAGAUGAAGUAAUUGUAUGAUGAGGAGUGCAGUAAGUCAGUGGGUGCAGAUGACACAGGGCCGUGCUUAGUGGCGAUACUAGGAGAGACCUAUGCUUAGUAAUGGACAUGUUGAUGGGCUCUUAAUGAUCAUGAUCAUAAAUCAUAAAUUGUUAACUCAAAUUUUUAUUUGCUAGAAUCACAGUAUGAGAUCUAUCAACUUAUCCUUGUUAUGUUACCCAAAAAAAUCAUGCAAAUAAUAUUUUUUAAGUCUUAUAUUUCAUGUGUUUGUUAAUUAUCUAAAAAGUACC